UCCACCAGAGCUUUCCGUAGUUUAAUGAAAAAACAUGACGUGUAUUAUUUUCAUCAGAAACAGGAACAGCGUGUGACAGAUAUGGUCUGGCUGUAGAAGAGAUUUAACUUAACAAGUAACGGUAACAGUAUACUGAAAUUGUAUUUGUACCUAAUGUAUUCAAGAGAGAAUGGCGUCAGAUUUAAUGUUAGACUUCGAAAACCACGUAAACCAACACCACAUUGGGAUGAAUAGCGAUACAGGAGAUAUUUGUAUCGACCAAGAUGGCGAAUGGGACCUCAGCCUUUUUGAUGAGCUGGAGGACAUGGGGGAUGCUGAUGAGCUACUGCGAGCCUUGGAGGAUGUGGCCUACGUUGGAGAGGUCCCUGAUCUGGACCUGGGCCUGGACCUGCCUCUCUGGACCUCGGGCACUUGUGGAGACACCAGCAGCAGCUGCACAGAUGCCGAUAUGAGCGUGGGCUCCCUCUCCCCGAACCCCACGCUGAGCUCCGUGUCAUCCCCCAGCUCAGUGGAAGCUCUGUCCCCCUGCAGCCUGUCCGACGAGCUGCUGUCCCCCCAGUCCCAGCCGUUUCCCUCCCAGUCUCAGCCGUCCCCUGCGUCCAUGUCCCCUGAGUCCUUCAGUUCCUCCGAAUCUGCCCUGGGGAGGAAGCCUCAGAGAAGAGCCGGUCAGUCCAGAGUCAAAUCCUCACUGCCUCAGAAACGGCCCAUUCAGCUGACCCCCAAGGUGUCCAUCCGGCCCAAACCGGUCAUCAUGGCCAUGCCCAUCCCCCACUCCGCUGCCCCUCUCCAGGCCAAGACCUUCAUCAUCCAGCCCCUCCAGGCUGUGCUCCCUGUCGCCAAACCAGCCCCUGUCAGCAUCCAGCCAGCGCCUCCUGCUGGACGUCCGGCGGUGCUACCGCAGCCGGCCGGCGUGCUGCACCUGCGGGGCCCCCAGAUCGCACCGGCCCCGCCCGUCCUGUCCUUCCCGAACCGCCUGGUCGCUGUGCCGACGCUCUCCCCCGCGGCAGCCGUCACGCGUCCCCUGACGCCUACGACCCUCAGCGACGCUGCGAUGGACGGAGAUAUGAAUGUUGUGAGUAGGCAGCAGCGCAUAAUAAAAAACCGUGAGUCGGCCUCGCUGUCUCGGAAGAAGAAGAAGGAGUACCUGCUGACCCUGGAGGCCAGGCUGAAGGUGGCGCUGUCCGAGAACGAGAAGCUUAAGAGUGAGAACGGCUCCCUAAAGAAGCAGCUGGACGGUGUGGUGACGGAGAACAGUGUGCUGAAAGCUACAGCCCCCAAAAGACGAGCCGUGUGCCUCCUGGUGGUCCUCGUGUUCCUCGUGAUGAAUGUUGGCCAGCUGAGGCUGUUGGAUGGAGACUCCAGUUCCAAGCUGUCAGCUGGGACCAUGAACAGUGGCAGACAUCUGCUGGGCUUCUCCCCUGAGAACCUCAUAGGCCAGGAACCACCUGAAGGUGCCAUUCCCCAAGCCCCUGACAGAUACGAGGACUCCACCCCGGAGAAGAAGGCGCUGAUGGUGGUAAAGAAGGAGCCCCUCUUCCUCGAGCCCUCACCACCAUGCCAGCCCUUCAUUAACAGGACCAAGUCUAUCAAGAUGGCCCACGAGCUGCGGGGGUGGGUACAUCGGCAUGAAGUGGAGAGGACGAAGUCCAGGCGGACGACCAACAGCCAGCACAAAACCAAAACGAUUCCGAAAUCUCCAGAUGAAAAGGCUGAGGUUGCUCAGAUCGUGACUGUCCAGUACACCGAUAUGUCUGAAAAGAGUCCUGGUAGUGAACUUCAGGUGUACUACGCCCCACACCGCAGCCACUACGACUUCUUCGAGGAGAUCCACCGCAGGGGAGACACCUUCUACGUUGUGUCCUUUCGCAGGGAUCACCUUCUGCUUCCUGCUACAAACCACAACAAGCGGAGCAAGAUGUCAGUGGUGUUACCCGCAAUGAACAUUAAUGACAGUGUGAUUAAAGACAAGGAGUAUGAAGUGAUGAUGCAGAUCGACUGUGAGGUCAUGGACACCAGGAUCCUCCACAUCAAGUCCUCCAGCAUCCCACCAUUCCUGCGUGUCAAUCACACCGAGCCCUUCUAUCACUCGGGCCCAGUCCAUGGCCAGGCCACACCUCCAGUUGGAGUACUGACAGGCUCUGCCUAGACGUAGACACACUGAGAAAAAUGAUAACAGGAAGCACGGAUAUAUUUAUUUACAAAUGAAUAAAAAUUCUACUUAUUUUAACUGACAAUGCUCUGAAAAACAUUGCCUUUUUUCUUAUGUUGUUUUUUAUUUAUAUUAUUGGAACCAAAUGCCAGAACUGAAUUUCAGGUGUCUGUUCACUUAUUUGGAUGGAAAAGAUGUUUGAGUCAAGCUCGAUAAGAAAUUAAAAUCUGAAAAAUACAGAGUGUUUCAGAUGGGGUCGGUCAGCUGACCGUGCUCUUUUCAGCUCCUGUUUUCAUCACGGUUGCUGGGAGGAAGGGCUGCGCGUGCUGUGUGGCAGACGGGCCCUUCUCUGGCUACCACCCCAGACUCUCCUCAUCGGGGUAAUUGGUAAAUAACAGUGGGGGUCCCAGCAUUGCACACCGAGUAACCCCUUCAAAGAACGAAUCAUUUCAAGUUACGGCUCACUCCUGCUUCCUGUUCAUGAAGCCAUCGCGGGCAUUCCAGAUUUUUACUUUCUGGAACAGCCUAAUAAAAUCUAAUUUAGGGUAGGUUUGCAUACAAAACCUGAUAAGUGAGAGAGGGUAAUUUGUGUUCUGAUUGAGGUUUUUUGUCUUUCAGUUUCUCUGGAAUGUAUUAUGGAAAAUUCUCCUUUGCAAUAUUUCCACCUUUUUAAGCAGCAGCUUCUGUCAGAAUGCAGGAUCCAGCUUCUUAAACUGAAGUCACCAUUGUUUCACAUUGUUUAUUUUAAGCUGUAGCUUGCUUGCAAAGACUGUGGCCUCACCUUUUCAGCUUUUGCACUGUUUUUCGCUAAUGAAAGUUAAAUAUUUCUGUCAAUAUUGUUAUUUAUUUAUUGUAGCUUUGGCUAUAAUUCUAGGUAGAAUUUUUGUCUUGAGUGGAAUGUUCACGAAAACAUGGGCAUCAAGACAGUUGAAGUUAUGAAGAAUUAAAUUGCAGAGUCGAUGCAUGAUUUACAUUACCAUUCAAGCACUUUCAUGUAGCAUCUGUGAUAUUUAAAAUGCAUUUUAGCCACUGUCCAGUGAAUCUAAAUACAGAUGUUCUGGCUCAUAAUCCUAAUGCACCGUAUAGUGAGAACUGUUCUCAUGGUGUCCUAAGGUGCACCCUCCGUCAGGAAAGCUUCAAAACCCGACAAGAACAAUACUGGCGUUGAGAUAAAGUAAGAAACAUGAUAACAGUGUUCUCAGACCUAUCUAUCCAAGUGAAUAAUCAGGAGAUCUCGUUCCCUUGUCAUCUCGUGGAGCACAUCUUAUUGCAUAAGAAAUUUUAGGAUGAAGAAGAUUGACUCAAGGAAUUAAAUUUAAGUUGUGUAUUUAAUGCCUCUGGGUAUUAACGUUUUUUACAAAUUGGAAGAGACUGAACUUGAUAUAGAAUUGUCAUUCAGUACGUCAGAACCAUUUUAACUGGACAAGCGCAUUUAAAUGAAAUAAUUUUGAGAAACAAAGUCUACAGAGCUUGUGCUGUAUGCAUUUGAGAUGGGCUGCAUAAGAUUGUAUUUUUAAAGAAUGCGGCUUGAAAAUUAAUUCGUUUUAAAAGGGGUAUUAGAAUUAUGGUAAAAUCAGUUUUGUAUUCUAAAUGCAAUGUUGGUUAUGUUUUUUUGUCUGGCUUCUAACUAAGCUUCCCGUAUUUAUAUUUAUAUGAAUCCAAACAUGGCUAUAUUGUUACAUGUUUUAUUAUCUAAAAGACUGCAAGGUAAUUGUAAAUAGAAGUAUUUUGAUUUGCUAUCAGUAAUUGGAUCUACAGGACCUGUUAGUUGUAGUACACAUAGUAUGUUACAGUCAUUGCGGGUGGAAGUUUUGAAUGGAGGACCAGGUAAAAGUUCAUUUCUGUGAAAUUCAGUUUUUGAUUAUGACAUUGUAACAACUGGAUGAUUUAAAAACAAUUGUUCAUGCAUUUUGAAAAUGAAGCAAUUUAGUAGUCUAAACUCAUGUUUCCUGUGAUCAUAAUUUUGUUUGUUAAAAUGUUCCAGCAACUAUUUAUAAUUUACUUUUCCUUGCGUUACUUUAACUGAACUUUGUGUUUGGAUUUUGAGCUUAAUAUCUGAUUUGAUUCUAAUGCAUUUGAGGUUCAUAAUUAUUGUCUGUUACAAAUUUGGAUAUUCAGGGAGUCGGGCAUAAGUAACAUAUAUAAAUAAAUGAAAUGUACAUAAUACAUAAUAAUGGCAGAUCAGAUUUUUGUUUGAAAUUGCGUAAGUAAGCAAAUAAAGCACUGGAAGAACACAAAA